AUGGAACUUUGAAAGCUUCAGAUUGGAGACAUUUUGCCUUUUCAUUUAUUUUUACAGAAGCAAGAAAGGCGGCUGUGCGGAAGACAAUGACUCAUAUGCUUUUGCUGUACUGCUUAGUGUUUCUUUUGCCCACAGAGUCCUGCAGGACACUAUGCCAGGCUGCCAGCGAAAACAAGGAGAAGGUGUCUGCCAGGCCACACGGUGUAUGCGACGGUGUCUGUGCGGACAAUUCCCACUGCACUCAACCUUGUGCUUCAGACACUCCAGGAAAUAUGGAGUUUUUAUGCAGGCAAAAUAAAUGGCACAAGAUCACUGAUACCUGCCGGACUCUUACUGCCUUCAACAUCUUUGAGGCGGAUUUGUAUUCGGGUCAACCAUUUGGAGGACAUAUAAAAGUAAAGGAAUAUGACUCUAAGUCUGAGACCAUUACAGAUAUGUUGAUGCAAAAGUGUCCGAGGGAUUUGUCCUGUGUAAUUAGGAACAUUCAGCAGUCUCCCCGGAUACCGGGAAACAUCGCUGUCAUUGUGCAACUCUUACACAACAUAUCGACGGUGCUGUUGACAGAUGUCGAUGAGGCAAAGAUGCAGAGUUACAGCAUCAUGGCCAACCACAUUCUUAACAGCAAAAGCAUCUCAAACUGGACCUUCAUCCCUGACAGAAACAGCAGCUGUGUCCUGCUACAGUCAGUCAAUUCCUUUGCAAGAAAGCUGUUUAUAAAUAAACAUCCCAUUGACAUAUCAGAUGUCUUCAUUCAUACUAUGGGCACCAUCAUAUCCAGGGACAACACAGGAAAGAAUUUCACUUUUUCAAUGAGAGUUAACGACACCAGCCAUGAGGUCACUGGGAGAGUGUUGAUCAGUAGAGAUGAACUUUGGAAGGUGCCUUCUCCUUCUCAGGUUGUCAGCAUUGCAUUUCCAACUCUUGGGGCUAUCUUAGAAGCCAGUCUUUUGGAAAACGUCACUGUGAAUGGGCUUGUCCUGUCUGUCAUUUUGCCUGAGGAACUUAAAAGAGUCUCCCUGAUUUUUGAAAAGAUCAGCAAGUCAGAGGAGAGGAGGACACAGUGUGUUGGCUGGCACUCCCUGGAGAGAAGAUGGGACCAACAGGCCUGUCAAAUGAUUCAAGAAAACUCCCAGCAAGCUGUUUGCACAUGUAGGCCAAGCAAGUUGCUUACCUCCUUCUCAAUUCUUAUGUCACCCCACAACUUGGACAGCCCGAUCCUGAUUUACAUCACGUACAUAGGCCUGGGCAUUUCUAUUUGCAGCUUGAUUCUUUGCUUGUCCAUUGAGGCCUUGGUCUGGGACCAAGUGACGAAGACAGAGAUCACAUAUUUACGCCAUGUGUGCGUCGCUAACAUUGCAGCCACCUUGCUGAUGGCAGAUGUGUGGUUUAUCGUGGCUUCCUUUCUUAGUGGUCCAACGACACACCACAGUGGGUGUGUGGCAGCAACAUUUUUUGUUCAUUUCUUUUACCUAUCUGUGUUUUUCUGGAUGCUUGCCAAGGCACUCCUGAUCCUCUAUGGAAUCCUGAUUGUUUUCCAUACACUGCGCAAGUCAGUCCUGCUGGCAUCUCUCUUCUCAGUGGGCUAUGGGUGCCCUUUGGUCAUUGCUGUUAUCACAGUUGCUGCCACUGAGCCUGGCAAAGGUUACCUACGACCUGAGGCCUGUUGGCUCAAUUGGGAUGUGACCAAGGCCCUCCUGGCCUUUGUGGUCCCAGCUCUGGCCAUCGUGGUAGUAAACCUGAUCACAGCCACACUGGUGAUUGUCAAGACCCAGCGAGCUGCCCUUGGCAGUUCCAUGUUCCAGGAGGUGAGAGCCAUUGUGAGAAUCAGUAAGAAUAUUGCCAUCCUCACGCCACUGCUGGGACUGACCUGGGGAUUCGGAAUAGCCACAGUCAUUGAUGAUAGCUCCCUGGCCUUGCACAUUAUUUUCUCCUUGCUCAAUGCAUUCCAGGGCUUCUUCAUCUUCGUGUUUGGAACAAUCCUGGAUCCAAAGAUAAGAGAAGCCUUAAAGGGUCGAGUAACCUCUGCAAAAUGGAUCUCCGGAAUAUCAGAGGUAAAGCCUUCAUAUCCACAUUUGCAUUUAAAAGUUUGACGAGGUAAUGACAAUGUUGGAGUCUCUGGCACACGGACUGUUGCUAAAACUAUCUCCUUAGCAGUGUGUGGUAUGGAUUUUUCAGAAGUGCUGAGUGACCUCCUCUUUGAGCUGUUCAGACUCUUUCUGGGGUACUAGGACCACAUCCACAGAGAUGAAAGUCAACUUAAAUGCAUUUAGAGGAGAGUGACAGGUGGCAGGGUCUAGAGGGGAGAACCUCAAACCAUGUAGCAGGAGCUCAGGUGAUGAAAUGGAGAAAUGAGAGAAGAUGAGGAAUCUCAGGUUCCUGUGACAGCCCAUUUAUUCUCUAUGACUCCAGUUGGUUGAACCAUGUCCAAAGUGGGAAAAUUCCAGGAAAGCAAAUUCUGACCCUAACUAAGGUCUUCCUAAUAGCUUGAUUUUCAAGAGGGGCUGGCUGCCAUGGUUAUUGGUUUUGCAAAAGAAGGGGCCUGUUCAGGGGUGUUUUGGAGGAGCUUCCAUCAUUGGAUAACAUACAUGCUCUUUCACUUAUCUUUGAUUCCUAUAAUUUAGAAACCAUGCAUUUUAUGCAAAGAAUGCGACCCCUCAGCUGUUCUGAGUGAGGGAAAAACUGGAAAAAUGUUAAAUGGCAGCCAAAGGGGAUUCCAGGUUGGCCCAGGGAACAUACCCAACAACAAGAGAAGAGGUAUUCUAGAAUUUCCCAUGCCAAAAUCUGAUGGGAGCCACAUGGCUUGGCAUGGACCGGUGUUGCAGGAUGUCUACAUGGAGUGGGUGAUGGGUCACUGGGGCUGGCGCCCUGUGGCCCUGAGUAAGAGCAUUGCCCCUCCUA